AUGUUUGUAUCCAAAACCCGUCAAUACAUUUCCUCAAACAAACACCCCUUUGCCUCCGUUGUUGGCUCUAUUUCUUCAGGUUCGCAACCAUUUCUAUACCGUGAUGAUGCUAAUACUUCACGGGAAACCUCUCUAUCGUCAUCAGGUGGGCUAAUUGCCUUGUUAGUAGGCAGAUUAACAGGUUCGGAUGCCUCCAGUCCCCGUGUUUCGCAGCACUUACGAGACUUGGGGAAGAUUGUUGAGCUUGUGAAUACAGCCAUCUCAUUACACAAGUGCCUUGUCGAUCAUGAUGACGUGAGGGGUGCCACGAGCCAAGAAGCUCCCUUAGAUCCUUUAGCGGUUCGCGAGCAAAAUUCUUUUGGCUUAAGUCAUCAUGACAAAAAUCAAUGCGAAACAGGCAACAAAUUGGCAACCCUUUCUGCCGACGUCUUGCUAGCUGCUGUUUCAUCGCUGCUAGCGGGUUUCGACUGUCCCCAGGUAGAUGGUUCUCUGAUUGGAUAUUUUCAUGAUAGGUUGUUGAUAUACUCUCCGGAGCCAUGA